UGUCAGAAUACAGUACACAUCAUAUACACACAAGCACUCGUAGACGCGAGGCAUUAUUUAAUCUAACCCGUUGGAAACAUAUCAAAAACAUCCCCGCAAGAAAGGACACAAAAGAUCCUCCAGCAAUGGCGGGGUCAAGUUCUUCCCUCCCUCCUCUUUGCGAGAAGAUCUCAUACAAAAACUAUUUUCUAAGAGCUGUAGAUCUCACGAUUCUAGGCCUUCUCAUUUCUCUUCUCUUGCAUCGAAUCUUACUUAUGAAACAAAGCGACAACGUAUGGGUUGUGGCUUUUCUCUGUGAAUCUUUUUUCACUUUCAUAUGGCUGCUUAUUACCUGCAUAAAGUGGAGUCCUGCUGAAUAUAAACCGUAUGCUGAUAGACUUGAUGAAAGGGUUCAUGACCUACCAUCCGUAGAUAUGUUCUUGACCACGGCGGAUCCGGUAAGGGAGCCGCCGAUUCUCGUUGUGAACACCCUGCUUUCUCUGUUAGCCGUGAACUAUCCGGCAAACAAACUAGCUUGUUAUGUUUCGGACGAUGGAUGCUCACCUCUCACUUACUUCUCUCUCAAGGAAGCUUCAAAGUUCGCCAAGAUUUGGGUUCCGUUCUGCAAGAAAUACAAUGUUAGAGUUAGAGCUCCUUUUAGAUAUUUCUUGAACCAUCCGGCCGCAACAGAAAGUUCCGAAUUCAGUAAAGACUGGGAUAUGAUGAAGAGGGAAUACGAGAAGUUAUGCCGGAAAGUGGAAGAUGCCACCGGAGAUUCCCAUUGGUUGGAUGCAGAUGAUGACUUUGAAGCUUUCUCAAACACAAAACCAAAUGAUCAUUCAACUAUAGUUAAGGUGGUAUGGGAGAACAAGGGAGGUAUGGGAGACGAGAAAGAGGUCCCACAUUUUGUAUACAUUUCAAGAGAGAAAAGACCAAAUUACUUUCAUAAUUAUAAAGCUGGAGCCAUGAACGUUCUGGUACGAGUGUCAGGGUUGAUGACAAAUGCACCAUACAUGUUGAACGUAGACUGCGACAUGUAUGUGAAUGAAGCAGAUGUGGUGCGACAAGCAAUGUGUAUAUUUCUACAAAAUUCGAUAUCGAAUUCAAACAAUUGUGCUUUUGUUCAAUACCCUCAAGAUUUCUAUGAUUCUAACGCCGAUGAACUCGUCGUCUUACAAUCAUAUAUAGGACGAGGAAUUGCGGGAAUCCAAGGAUCAACAUAUGCUGGCUCAGGAUGCUUCCACACUAGAAGAGUUAUGUACGGUAUUUCUCUUGACGAUUUAGAAGAUGAUGGAAGAAGUCUUUCUUCAGUUGCUACAAGGAGCUAUUUGGCUGAAGAAAAUUUAGCGAGAGAAUUUGGGAAUUCUAAAGAGAUGGUGACAUCGGUGGUCAAUGCAUUACAAAGAAAACCAAAUCCCCAACACUCAUCCCUUACCGACUCUCUUGAAGCGGCUCAAGAAGUUGGGCAUUGUCACUACGAGAACCAAACCAGCUGGGGCAAAACCAUCGGUUGGUUAUACGGUUCGACAACAGAAGAUGUGCACACAGGUUUAGGAAUCCACUCGAGAGGGUGGACUAGCUCAUAUAUUUCUCCGGAUCCACCUGCUUUUCUUGGGGCUAUGCCACCGGGAGGACCAGAGGCGAUGGUCCAGCAGCGGCGAUGGGCGGCAGGAAUGCUCGAAAUACUUUUCAACAAACGGAGUCCAUUGAUCGGAGUGUUUUUCCGGAAACUAAGAUUCCGACAAAGCUUGGCUUAUCUUUACAUUCUCACUUGGGGUCUAAGGUCAAUCCCCGAGCUCUUCUAUUGUCUACUGCCUGCUUAUUGUCUACUCCACAACUCUGCCUUAUUUCCCAAGCAAAUCGUGUCUAGGGUUUCUUUAUUUUCUGGAAAAGGCGACAGCUUCGUUCUCGCCAUCCUUGCCGCUGAAGCUCCAUUUUCCGGCAAUAUAAACACCAAAAUCGAAAGGAUCUUAGCUAGUUCCGUCCUAUUCCUUCCUUGUCUCCGUCGUUGUCUCCGUCGUUUCCGUUGUCCGGCUUUUGGCAAAUCGAAACCAAAUCUCGAUCGAAAUCAAAAUCAAAAUCGACUCGCCUUUGUCUCCUCCUCUCCUUUGUCGGGCAAAUCUCCGGUCAUACAGAGAAGAGUUUGUAGGUGAGGUCAACAAGUGGAAACUACACCGGAUUCUUCAAGAAAUCUGCGUUUGCUCGAAAGAUAAAGGUUGAACGAAGAAAUGGACCGUGAUUAUGACUAUGGUAUAAACAGCCCAUUAGACUAUAGUACUGAGUCAUCAGAGGAGGCUGAGACUUGUCACUAUCCUCCGGAACCAGCUCCUGCGAUUGGAUUCACAAGCCUCCGGAACCAGGUCAACGUACCAGCUCCUGCGAUUGAUCCAGCUCAACUGAAUCUGCUCAACGAACAGGUGAUCCAGCUCAACGACCAAAUGAUCCACCUCAAGGUACUUGUGAUCCAGCUGAAGGAUCAAGUGAUCCAGCUCCAACACCAAGUGAUACAGCUGACUGACCACGUGAACCAGCUCAAGUAAUGUCUCGGAUGUGUGGUUGUUGUUUGUUUUCGGAUGUGUGGAUGUUGUUUGUUUUCGGAUGUGUGUAUGUCUACCCGUGAAUGUUGUUGUGUGGAUGUUGUUUGUUUUCGGAUGUGUGUAUGUGAACCCGUGAAUGUUGAUGUGUGGAUGUUGUUUUGAUUUUUGUUUAGACUAGUUUGAUAGUAUGUGAACCUGUGAAUGUUGAUGUGUGUAUGUGAACCCGUGAUGUUUAGUAUCAUUUUGUUUCUUUGGAUUUUAGUUUCAUCACUUGUAUAUAUGAGAUGAGAAGAGCACAAUGUUUUUUCAUCAAAAACAAACAUUUGCUCCUUGCACCAAAAUAAACAUUUCUUCCUUGCUCCUUCCUCCUUGCUUCUCUCUACAACAACAAAUAAUUCUUUUUCUUCUUUAUUGCUAUGGCUUCUUCUUCCAACAAUUUUAACAAAUUUCACUAUCAUUAUGAUCCAAAUAAUGAUAGUAUGAACCAAUUUUUCCAAGAGCAAUAUAAUAAUCAAUUUGAAGCUGCUGAAGAGCAAAUUCCGGAGGAAAAGACUACACGUACGCAUAUCGAUAGACAACGGGAAGAAGGCCACGAACGUUUGUGGAACGAUUAUUUUAGUGAUAAUCCGACUUACACGACGAAGCAAUUUCGCCGACGGUUUCGCAUGAACAAGUCAUUGUUCUUGCGUAUUGUCAAUCGUCUCAGUGAAGA